AUGUCUGACUCUUCUUUGAUAUACUGCAGCUGCUGGGACCCUCGGAACUUGGGAUCAAGGAAGCUUGCUAAGACUUCCCUAUUCUCUCUCUCUAGAAGGAAACCCAAAUUAAGCCCUAUAUCAUCUGCCUUGAAGGAGCGAAAUUAUUUCCUACCACCACAAAUUAAACCCCUCAGUGGCCCAAGAGGACCCAUGCUUUUCAGAAAUAAUACACCGCAAAAAGAAAAGAAAGCCCCUGAAAACACAAUAAAGAUCUCUCCGGGAUUCACCUACUCUCGAAGUGAUGAAGAAAUUCCAGUUAUACUGGGAGAUGAGAUGUUUGAAAGGUCCAAAAAGCCUAAAGAACAUAUGGUCAAAUUCAUACUGCCCAGGACCUGGGUACAGAAAGAUAUGACAAAUGUCAUUGCUGACUUAGAAAAUCAGAUCACGGAGCUAACCACAGUGAUAGAGCAAAUGAGCAGAGAUCAUCAAAGUACUCAGAAACUGCUUGCAGAUGAAAUGGAACACCGGUACAACGAUCUCCGGAAAGAAUUUGAAAAUAGCAAGAGAGAACUCAGAGAGGCUCAUGAUGAAGAAAUAGCUGCUUUGGAAGAAAAGUACAAAUCAUCCCUGAAAGUGGAGAAGAAUGUCGCCCAAGGAAAACUUGAGAGUAUGGUGAAAGAGUAUAAGUAUUUGAAGAAUAUGUUCCGAAUGUACCAGGACAGUAUUGCAGAUGAAAUGGAGGAGAAGUGGACAAGGCGGAAGGUUGAAUGGGAGAAGAGUGAGAAAAUGGAACGAGAAAAAAUCCUAUUGCAGCAAAAAUUCAGACUAACAAGGAAGUUUGAGGUGGAUAUAGAAGAAGAAAAAAGAAAAAUAGAGGAACUCCACAUCCAAACCUGUGAAAAUUUCAAUAAGGAGAGAGCGGCAUUCCUAAAACAACAUGAAAUUGAUAUGCUGAAAUUAGACGAGCUACAGAAGGCCAAGGAGGUUGUGGAGGAAGAAUUGCAGGCACAGUCUCUUGCUUUAGAAUCGCUGAACACAGCAUUGUACCAAAGUCAAACGGACCUCCAGAAAGAGAAAAACCAUGCAAUCAACAUGGAGCAGCAACUUCAACAGAAGCUUAUUGAAGUUGAGGAAAAGUACAAACAUACGAUACAGAACAUGACAAAUGAAAAUCUAGACCUGAAGAAUAUGCUCAUCUUAAAAAAUGAAGAGCUUUUCGCAUUAAGAAGCAAGAAAAAUACCAGGGCAGAAUCUUUUAUCUAUCAUGACAUAACUUAUUGACCAUGAAGAUCUGGACCCAGAACAGAAGAGCUGACUGUCUCCCAGGGCCUGGAGAAUUCACGUGAAGAACUUCUCUCAGGAUUGCCUUAGACUUGUUCAGUUCUUGGGGUACCAUAUUUUUGGGUUUUUUUUGUUUUGUUUUCACAACUUAACUUUAUUCAGAGUUGUUGGAAACAUAAAUGUCAUUGAACUAAGAUUUUCUUUCCCCAUCUACCCCCAUUUUGAGGUAAUCUAUGAACCUUACUGUUCAUUUGAUUUUCUACCUGAGUAUGGCUGAAUAUUUUGAUGAUGAUAACACAAGGAAUGUUUCCCCUUAGCCAACAUUUACAUGCCAUUAAAUUAAUUUUUCAUUCUCCCCUUCCUUAUCAUCAGAAGAAGGGCUCUCCUUAAGUCCAUUCUCUUGCUGAAAAAGAUAAAUGUGUGGUUGAUUAUAUCUUCCAAAAUCAUAAGAUGUUAGAGUUGGAAAAGGUCUUGGCAAUCUUCUAAUCCAGGGGUAGGGAACCUGUGACCUUAAGGCCACGUGUGGCCCUCUAGGUCCUCAAG